AUGUCUUCGGUUGGCAUAGCUUCGGCCAGUUUGUGGCUGCGAGGGCCGGUAAAGAGUGCACUGAAAGGAAGAUGGCUCUCUUGCGAGCAGAUGCGCAGAUAUGGGACGAAAUCAGCGCCUGCAGUGAGGAAAGGCGGCCAUAGCAAGAAGGCGCGCCAGGCCCCCAGCCUUCCGUUUGUGUUCGGUAGGCACAAACAGCUGACUGGGCCGGAAUUCACUCGGCGCACGCGCAUAGGCAACCUUUCGGACAAGAUCACCAAGUUUGAGCAGCUAAAACUGCUUCCCGAAGUGCGCGAGGUGAUGAUGAAGGUGAUUGCCAGUGAGAGCGUAUUGAACAAGAGCCUGGAUGACGAGGACUGUGGGCUGGACGACAAACGGGUGGCCGCUUUCUUGGGGCAGGUGCAGCCCACGCCGAUCCAGACGGCCGUGAUCAAGAAGAUGGCGAAGACGCUGAUGGAGCCGCAGCUACAGGUGCACAUGGUUGCGGCUGAGACCGGGUCGGGCAAGACGAUGUCGUACCUGAUGCCGUUGGUGGACUACCUCAAGCAGGAGGAGCAGGCUGCGGGCACCGAAGAGGGGCGCGCGAGGCUGGGAGCCCUGCGCUCGCUGAUCCUCGUUCCGACCCACGAGCUGGUCGAGCAGGUAUACAUGACGCUCGAGAAGCUCCAGGAGCCACUUCAGCUCAAGACAUUCAAACUGGACAGAGACACUCCCUACAAGGACAUCGUGGAGGCGUUCAAAGGCAGGGUCGACAUCAUGGUGACUACCCCGGGCAAGCUGCGGGGGCUGUUCAAGAUACGUAUGCUGCAUAGGCCAGACCGGAUUCUGUCGCAGGUGAGGUUCGCGGUAGUGGAUGAGGCAGACACACUUAUGGAUCAGUCUUGGGUGCAGGAGACCUAUAGCUGUAUCAAGAGCCUGCGAGACGCUAACCACCUGGUGUUCUGUAGCGCUUCUGUGCCCAUGGAGUUCGAGAAAGCGAUGAAUAAGCUGUUUCCAAAUCUGCAGGUUGUGGCUUCUGAGAAGCUCCACCGGAUCAAUAAACACUCCAACAUUAAAAUUAUAAACGUAGCUCUGAGGCCCUAUAAUGGUUCCAAGAUGAAAGCGCUUGCGCAGGCGUUGUAUGCAAUAAUGAAAGACGGGACUAGUGAGGGUUACGAAAAGCGAUGUGUUGUGUUUGUGAACGAAGCCGACUCCGUCAAUAGCAUCGUUGACACACUACGCGACAAGUUCGGGCAUGAUGUCCAUGGCUUGACCGGCGAACAUUCUCUGGACGACAGGCUCGCGACGAUCGCCCCCUUCAUGCGCUCGCCGCCGCGCAUCCAGGACCAGGUGCGGCCGUCCGAGCUAAAAAAGCCCCAAGAGCGGCGUCUGCCCAACUCGAAUAUCAAGGUCGCAGACUCCAAAGACAAUGGGCAGCGAUCUGUGAGCAGCCCAUUGAAAGUCCUUGUCACAACUGAUGUACUGUCUAGAGGCAUAAAUUUUAAAGGCGUGAAACACGUCAUCCUCUAUGAUGUCCCUGCCAAGUCGAUAGAUCUGGUUCAUAGGGUUGGGCGGACCAGUCGAAUGAACGAGAGAGGUCACGUCUACAUCUUCGUUGGUAAAAAAGGCUCUGCACAAGCGAAGGGUCUCAAUCCUGUAGUAAAGAAGAAUAGGCCAAUUCAAUAA